AUGAACAUGGAUAGCUUGACAUGUGUUACCAACUGUGAGUCGGACCAAGGCCUUGCUCAGGGGACGGCUGCCGUGGGUCACACAUCGGAGGACGCAGGUUCACAGAUUGCAGAUAGUUCGUGGGCUACUGAUCAACGCCAGCAGCGGAUACAGGUCAUGCAGAGCAUUCGCAUGGAAUUGGAUUACCCCACUGGGCAACCUGAUGCCUCGAGCUCGCCCUGGAAACAAUCCAAUUCCCCGAGUUACCACGUUUCCACUUCCGACGACCCCGAGACACCCUCCGCUGCACGGUUCUAUGCUAUGGCUUUGAAUCACGGCUUGGAUCAGGUGAAUGCCGGAGUUCAGGGACGAAUCAAGUCUAUAUUCCCGUCCAUGUUCAACCAGCCCGUGCGAAACGACGACUUUACUGCAGUUUGCCGAAACUGCAGAGCCGCCCUGGAUAUCAUAUCUUAA